AUGGACUCUCAAUCAAGUCAACACUUCUAUGCCCAGCAAAGACCUGCCUACCCUCAAGCAUCAUACAACCAAUCCAACUUUACAAGUUCAGCCAGCCUUUCAUCUCUGGCUUCUAUCAACACUAGCCCUGAUCAGACCAACAUGAGCUCUCGUCAAUCACCUACCUUGGUCUCUGCCGCGCCUGUGUCGUCGCCUUCAAGCCAAUCUCAGUUCUCAUUACCGCCUUCGAUGAACCAAGAGAACAACUACUACCAGCAAAUGCCUCAGUUCUCUCAACAACAACAACACCGCGGUAGCUUCAGCGAAGAGCAAAGACCUAGCGGUCUCAACGACACAUCACCUUUCCUCCAAGAUUUCAGCCUACUUGCCGAGGCUGCAAAGCGUGCACAGAUGGCUUGCAUGAUGAGAGACUUUGACGACCUUGACAUGUAA